AUGAGCAAAAUAGCUAAACCGGCCUCAAAGUACCCUAUGACCGAUUUACUAGCUGAGAUAGUAAACAAGCUCCAAAAGAACAGCCCUCUCAACCCAGACCAGACAGCUCGUAUCGCAAAUUCACUUCGGGCACAAGUUUUGGUCAGAGUCCAACAACUCGAGGAUCGUAUCAAUGGAGCCCACUACUUUAGUGAAGCAUCAAAGAGAACUGGUCUACCACCAUCGGCAUUCUUCUUACUUGCCGUUAUUGGAAUGAUUGUUGCUUUUGGUUUGGCUAUUCGGAGGGCUGGUGGACUUGUUUCGAAUGUCGUAGGUGUCCUCUUCCCCAUCUACGCUUCUCUGCGAACUAUUGAAAACAAGGAUCCUGAAGAAAUCACUCGUUGGAUCAGUUACUGGGCCUUCUACGGUCUCAUCACAGUCUUGGACACUGCCCGAGUCUCGUCAGCAUUGACCACCAAGUACAAAACCUUGUGGAACAUGUCCAAGAUUGGUGCCCUCUACUGGUUGCAAUCAUCUAAAAACUCGACGCUCUGCUAUAAGGCAAUCCGCCCAUCCUUGAUUUCGGCAAAGAUCUUGCCUGCUGGUACUAGUGCCGCUCGUCCAGUUUCAACUUCAGGAGCUACUAGUCCAACUGGAGGAUUUCAACAACCCAUUCAACCAUACUCUGUUGGUGGGCUUGUAAAGUAA